CCCUGGCUCGGGUUUGAAGCUUAUCACUUGGCCCCAUGAUAAAAAGCAAGGCUCAGAUGACAAAUCCACGUCACAUUAUUUAUCUCAGACACUUCUAGACACCAAUAAGUACACUCUCCACACCUCACACUCUCACUCCUGAAACUAUUUUGCCUCCGUAUCCGAGAUCAUUCAUAUUUCUAAAUAUCUUCCAGAUCAAGGUCUACAUGAUGCGAUGCACCUGGGUGGCUCUCUGCAUCACCAUGUUCGUGAUGUCAGAUUCUCUUAAAGGUAUGAGUUUGGGGAAAUCCGGGGGAAAUAACAAAGCUACGAACCCCUCAUUCAAGUACGAGUUCACCAUGGACAUCACCAACCAUAUCUACACCGAUGCCCUGCUCAACCACAAUUCUCCUAAAUAUGAGCUAUUGUCCACACAAGUUACCGGCGUUCUCUACUCCAUCUACGGCUGCCCCUCUUGUAACACACACACGUUUUAUCAAGGAGUAUCAGCGAUGACCUUCAGUAAUCAAACUGGAACCGUGCUUGUAAAGGCUACACUCGUGUUCCAGUCAAACCAAAUCGACGCUGAGGUGAUCAAAGCCCUGUUUAUGAAUGCGCUUGCUGACAAUAAUGUAAUAAAUGGCCUUGUAUUCAACCCUAAAUUCACACAAGCCAUAUCAAGUUCAACUCCUACACCAACAAGUCCUACCACCGCAACCACCACUACAGCCAGUACUCGUCCUACCACUGCCACCACUCAUCCUACUACUACAACCACCACUCAUCCCCCCACUAAAACCACCACUCGUCCUACCAAUGCCACCCCUCGUCCCACUACUACAACCACCACUCGUCCUACCACUACCACCCCUCGUCCCACUACUACAACCACCACUCGUCCUACUACUACAACCACCACUCCUCUUCCCACUACAACCACCCCUCGUCCCACCACCACAACCACCACUACCACAACAACCACCACUCGUCCCACUACAACAACCACCACUCGUCCUACAACUCAUCCUCAUGCUAAGCCCCCAGCACACCACAAUGCCGCCUCUUCUUUCUUUCAUCAAGGUCCUAUAACUCUGACUUCAUUUCUCCGCUUUGGUCUUUCAUUUGGCCUCUUUUUCCUCAUCAGCUAUUCUUUUUAAUCUUGUAAACCUGAUGUGUCAUAAUAACCAGGUAUAAUGUGUGACUGAAAUAUUACACCCAAUUCUUGUCCCACCACUACAACCACCACUCUUCCUACCACUCCAACCACCACUCAUCCCAACUCUAAAACCACUACUUAUCCUUUCACAACAACCACAACUAGUCCUAUAGCUACAAUCACCAUUUAUACUACCAGUGAAACUACCAAUCAUCCCAUCAUUACAACCACCACUCGUCCCACCAAUACAACCACCACUCAUCCCACCACUUGUCCCACCGCUCAGACCACCACUACAACAUCAUCCCACCACUAUAACCACCACUCUUCCUCCACAACCACCACUCAUCCGACCACCUAUCCUUCUACUACAACAUAAAAAUGCCACCUCUUCAUCCAUUUUCCAAUGUAUCUGGUAUGAUGUUUCAUUCUGCCUGCUUUUCCUCAUCAGCUAUUCUUUUUAAUUUAACUGCUUAACCAAGUAAAAUUAUAACCAGGUACAGUGUGUGACUAAAAUAAUUUUAUGGUACAUGUUUCAUAUAGCUAAAAUGGAAAUAAUCAUAUUGCAAGCCUGUGUGAAACCUAGCAGAUUGAAGAAACGCCGUUACAGCAUGUUUAUUUGAAAAAUCCUGAGUGUUUUUCUUAGAUAUACUUUUUGUUUGUUUCUUUCUGUAUAAUCUAUUAAAAGCUGUUGUGUUAACUUGUCUUGUCGUCCCUUUAUUGCCUAUGUGUGCCAACUAAACAGUCAAUUUUAACAAAUUU